UCUCAUGGAUUUGCUGAUGGCUGGAAACCACACUACAGUGACAGAGUUCAUUUUAUUGGGGUUGACAGAUGACCCAGUCCUCCGAGUCAUUCUCUUCAUGAUCAUCCUGUGCAUCUACCUGGUGACCAUAUCUGGUAAUCUCACCAUAAUCAUUCUUAUCAGACUCUCCUCUCAGCUCCAUCAUCCCAUGUACCUUCUUCUGAGCAACCUGGCCUUUGCUGACAUAGGCUUUUCUUUUUCUAUCACACCCAAUAUGCUUGUAAACUUCUUGGUGGAAACAAAUACAAUCUCCUACCUUGGAUGCGGCAUUCAGCUUGGCUCAGGUGUUUUCUUUGGUACAGCCGAGUGCUUCCUGCUGGCUGCCAUGGCCUAUGAUCGCUUUGUGGCAGUCUGCAACCCACUGCUCUACUCAACCAAAAUGUCCACACAAGUUUGUGUCCAGUUACUUGUAGUGACUUACACAGGUGGUUUUAUUAAUGCUUCCUCCUUUACUCUUUCCUUCUUUUCUUUACUGUUUUGUGGACCAAAUCGGGUCAAUCAUUUUUUCUGUGAUUUUACUCCUUUAGUUAAACUCUCUUGUUCGGAUGUCAGUGUGCCCGCAAUUGUGCCCUCAUUUUCAGCUGGCUCCAUCAUUGUGGUCACAGUGUUUGUCAUAGCUAUUUCCUACAUCUACAUACUCAUCACCAUCCUGAAGAUGCGCUCCUCUGAGGGGCGCCACAAAACUUUCUCCACCUGCACCUCCCACCUCACUGCAGUGACUCUCUACUUUGGAACCAUUUUCUUCAUUUAUGUGAUGCCCAAGUCCAGCUACUCUACCGACCAGAACAAGGUGGUCUCUGUGUUCUACACGGUGGUGAUCCCCAUGUUGAACCCCCUCAUCUACAGUCUCAGGAACAAGGAAAUUAAAGGGGCUCUGAAGAGAGAGCUUAGUAGGAAGAUAUUUUCUUAA